AUGUCUCGACUCUCCAUCCCCACGACGGCCCGACUGCCCUCGUCGCUGCGCGUCGACCCCUCCAACCUCGUCGUCAUCAAGAGCCUGAACCGGCUGUCCCGCGAGUCGCUCAUCGCGCUGGCCCUCGACUGGCUCGACGAGGGCACCGUCGCCAAUGCCGUCCCCUACCUCGACCGCCGCGGGCCCGACCAGGAGCCCGACAGCGACGAUCUCUACCCGCCCUGCCGCACCAUCGCCGAGCUGCAGCAGCUCUACGUUGACAUGCAGGAGCAGAGGGGCUCCAAGCGCGACGUCGUCAGUCGUAUCCUCGAGGGCGACUGGCGCCACGGCCUCACCCUCUAUCAGCUCGCCAUGGUCGACUUUGCCUACCUCGACGAGCACCCGGCCUCUCAGAAGUGGACGGCCUACAAGAUCCUGCCCCUCACCCACCCGACGCACGACGCCGACGAGGAGACGCUCACCGUCGAUGAGGCCAGCUUGCAGAUACCCCGCUUCCACCCCUCGACCUUUCUCCAAAACCUGCAGGACCAGGUCCUCCCGGACGUAAAGGCCCACUACCAUUUCUACAGGCCCAGCGACUAUCCCGUCCUCUUGUUGCGCGUCUUCGCCAUCGACUCGCCCUACAACAGCCAGCUCGCUCUCUCCGCCGGCAGCGCCAACGGCGCGGCCACAAAUUACACCUCCUCUCGCACCGUCUAUCUUGCCUUCCCCGAUGGCUCGCCGAACCUCUACAUCUCCAAGUCGCAGUCGGCGGGUGCGUCUGCCCACGGCGAGUCGCGCAGCCUGCAGAGCUUAAUCGUCAAGGGCGUGCCGAAAGCGCUCUCCAGACCGCGGCAGCGCUUCACCCUUAAAAACUCGGGCCUCACCAGCAGAAACCUAGAUGCGCUGCUCGAUCGCAAAGGUCCGGGCCGCGGCAAUGCCGCCAACGGAGGCUGGAGCAUCUACGCCAAUGAAAAGAACAAAAAGUCGCCUCUGGACUCGGUGCUGCCGCCGCACCCGCUGUCGGCGUCGGAGCACAGCCGUAAAAGAGCCUCACCGCUGACGCAGCAGCGCCGCGAGGCCAAACGCGCCAAGCUCGUGGCCAAGGGACGCUUUGGCGACUCGGGCAUCAUGACAGACGGCAAGGGCGUGGAACGCCUCGAUGUCGUCGUCCAGGACCCGUACCCGUCCGUCAAUGGCGUCGACGUACAGGGCUCAGAUAAUGACGACGGGGCCCCGACUUCUGGCAGGAGAGGGCCGCGAGGGAGCUUGGACGCCAUGCUGAACGACGACGGCGACGACGCUGCGUCUGCGACUGCUCCUUCACGUCGGGACGCCGACUCACGCUGGACUCCCAAUGUGCGCAUCACCUUUCAGGGUGCUCAUGUUUUUGCCGGCAUUCGGCAGCUGGUGGAGGCCGGCAUCGUCGACGGCGAGCGCAUGCCUGGCUGGAUGACUGGCGAAGACGGCGUCACCAUAGGCGUGGUACACCAUGGUCGUAUAAAAGGAAACAAGGGCUCAGGAGUAUGA